UCAAAAUAUAAAACAAAUUUUGAAACCCUUUUAAAUUUGAAAUAAGUGUGAGCCCUAACAUAUACAAUACAAAAUCAUUAAAAAUAAAUGAAAAUAUUUUAAAAUCAAUAUGGAAUCAUUUAAUAUGGAAUAUAAUUUAGAUGAAGCUUUAGAACGUCUAAAUAUUAAAAAAGAUGAAUUGGAUUCAAUGAGAGAAAAUUUACCAGAUAAUUGUCCUAGCAAUAUCACUGAUAAACAACUGCUUCUAUUUUUUAAUGCUUGUAAUUUUAAAACCGAAUAUGCAUUGAAUGUUAUUAAAAUUUAUUAUAAUUGUCGGAAAAAUGCUCCUGAACAUUUUGAUAAUCGUGAUCCUUAUAGCGACGAAAUUCAACAAUGUUUAGAAAAUCAAUAUUAUAUCCCAAUACCACCAUAUGAAAAAGGAGGAUAUUUAAUAGUUUACCAUCAAUUACAAAAUUCAACGCCAUCAAAUUAUAUAUUUACAAACGCUGUAAAAACCUACUGCAUGACAAUAGAUUACGCUAUUCAAAAAUAUGGUCCUGCACCUGGAGUUAUUUUUAUUUUUGAUAUGAAAACAGUUCGAUUAAUGCAUCUUUUUCAAGCAAAAAUUUCUGGUAUUAAGAAAUUAUUAACAUAUUUGCAAUAUGGUCUUCCAGCAAAAGUUGCUCGCAUACAUGUACUGAACACAAGUUCAAUUUUUAAUCGUAUAUUAACAAUGAUUAAACCAUUUCUCCAAAAAGAACUUCUUGAAAUUAUUCAUACUCAUCCUACCGAUAUGGAUUACGAAGAAUUCUUUAAAAAAUGGAUUCCUAAAACACAUAUGCCAUCAGAUUAUGGUGGUGAUAUGCCCUCAGUUGAAGAAUUACAUUUCGAUUUUUGUAAAGAGAUUGUACUUAAAAAAGAAUUUUUUGAUGCAGAAGAAAAACAAAGGAAGCCUUAGCUUAUCUAUAAAAUAUGUACAUAUAUUUAAAACAAGAAUUUAAUUUCCACAGUCGUGCCAUUAAAUAGGAAAUAAAAACAAAACAUGCUAGUACAAAUUAUUCGGACAUUUAAUCAAACUUUAAAAACUUAAUUUCCUCAUUUAAAAGCCUCUUUCAAAUAAAAAUACUUACGUUUUUAUGCUUGUCAUUGGUCGUUGCUGAUUUCUCUAAAAUACACAAUUUACGUUACAUGUUUCAAAUAUCCAACCAAGUAUAAGUUGAAACAUUUUUGAAUAAUUACCAAAGUAGACAAUAUUGUAGAAUACAUUAGAUUAUAAAAUUCAAUGAUGCAUACAUAGCAUAUGUAUGAGAAAUAAAAAAACAAAUAUUUAGUUUUUCUUGUUCUAUAUUGUACCACAGAGUUGAAAAGGCACAAAUUACUAAUUCCAAUUUGAUUUAUUAUUAAUAUUGUGCUCUAAACUCAAACGCAGAAUUAAAAAACACUUUCAAUUAGUGCUAGGAUACAAUAGUUUCUUAUUAGCAAAACAAAUAGAAUAUAUAAAUUUCUUGUUACUACAAUUAAAGAGCAAUUAAUUUUUUUUUAAUUUAAAUUUUAAAGAAAAUUAAAUUUUAAUUAUUUCUUUUUCAAAUUUAGAUUUUUUUUUAAAUCAAAAAUUACAUUUAUGAAAUUUAAUUCAAUAACCAUACACAUUUUGGUAAUUAAAUUUAAAUAUUUGUAACAAUUUACUUUUCUUAUAUUAUUGUAUAAUACGUAUAUUAUGUAUAAAGUUGAUAGUUACAGUAUAUAAUAUAAGAUUUAUAUUUUUGUUUUUGUUAAAUGAACUAUGAUAUGGAAUGUAUAAUAACUUGUUUGGAUGUCAUGAUUUAUUCUUUAAAAUUUUAACUCUCUAAUAAUAAAAUGUAUUAACAAAAACUAAAAUUUCUAUUUUGCAUAUUGCUUACAUUAAUUAGCUAAGAUUUUAUCAAUUUAUUAUUGCAAGUUAUUAAUGUACUGAAAUUACUUACUGACAUUUUUUACAAAAAUUAUAAUUGUUAUACUUCAUUUCUAAAUGAUAAAACAAUUUAACGUUUAAAAAUGAAAGAAAUUGUUAAUGAACUUCAUUACGUACUAUGUUCAUAUUUAUAAAUAUAAAAUGUAUUUAUGGACGCAUUUAUAAUUUUUUAUAAACUCUGUUGUUAGCAUUUUUAAGAUUUUAAUCACGACAUCUUAAUUUUUAGUAUACGCAUUUUAUAAAAAAAAAAAUAUGAUAUUAAAAAAAUUUUAAAUAUUAAAAA